AAAACACUUUUGCAUAAUUUAAAAGUUUUCUUGUCGUGAAAUAAUAUUUACUGAGGGAGUUAACUCCACUGCCUCCGGGUUACUUUUGUUUGGCGGCAAAAGAAGCGCGCCACAUUUGCUUUGGUGUUUUCGCGGAAAGUAGGGUAGCGUCCAGAAAAUGGAGAAUCUGGACAUCUUUGCGGUCCUUGUGUUACUUCGCCUCCACGUAAACUUGAAUGGAACGAGAGUAAGCGCACUUUCUCGUGCAGUGUCUGUCAACCUCUGCCGCCACAGCUGCUACUGUUUGUCCAAGGGUCAUGGCCUCAGGCAGAAACUAAUCAAUGCACUAUGGAUGUUAUUUUGUCUUCAGAAAAACUUGGAACAAUCACCUCUGAAUCAAGAUGUUUUUCUUGGGACACACAAAGCUCAGAGCUGGAUACCAGUGACACUGUGACAUUGGAAGUGAGAGUGAUCGGUCUCAAGGAGGACAUAGGCCCUCAGAGCAAGAAACUCAGGGUCAGUGCUAAAAAGGCCAAAAGAACUGCAUCACCUAAGAGUGAACAUGAAGAUAAUGCAUUGAAAGCAACAUUCAAAAUGAACAAGAGAACCAAAGUACCUCAACAGACACCAGAAACAGAAGAGAAUCCUUCAAAGAUGAUGGUCACUGCCAACAAAAGUAGGAUAACUAUUACAGAAAAGAAGACAAAACAGACCCAGUUUAAUUUUGCAGGGAAACAAAUAUCUCCUUACAAUUUGGAGAAGGAGGCAAGAUUAGAACAAGGCAGGAAAUUCUCCCUCAGGAAGAACGAUUCAAAGAGGGGACAUAAGAAAAUGGAAGUAGAAAACAUAUCAGAGGCUGUGACCAAAUUGUCUGAUGACAAAGUGAAAAAAAGGUCUAAAUGUCUUGAUAUGCAAACAUUGAACGAAACAACUCCUCAAUUGUCAGACAUGCCAUCUCCAAUACCAAGAAAACCUGCUAAGAAAAGGAAUGAGAAGGGAAAUCAAAGUGCAGAUGGACCAACACCUCGCAAACGUGGAGCAAACACGCGAAUGCGGGCACUGACCAGUGAAACUACUUCACCCAAACCUAUUCGUAGCACCAAAUUAGUUCUCAACAACAGCUCUUUUGGGGACUAUCUUAAUGCAACAGGUGAUGCUGGUUGGGUCUCUGAACCAGAAAGGAAAAUGGCUUGCUGCACUGAGUUACUUGGGAGAGCACCUAGUCCUAGUGCUCGGUGGGGUCAUACAAUGGUGCUAACUAAUCCUAAAUGUGCUGUUCUUAUUGGUGGACAAGGAGAAAAGCACCAAUUAAGUAAAGAUUCUGUCUGGACACUUCACACAGACACAAGACGUUGGAGUUGUCAGGAAAUUCGGUCAGAGGCUCAUAAACCAGAGAAUAGAAUGGGCCAUACAGCAACUUAUGAUCCCAUCAUGCGUUGCAUCUACAUUUUUGGGGGUUCCAAAAACUGCAAAUGGUUCCAUGACGUCCACAUGUAUGAUCUAGAUGAAAACAAAUGGACACUUGUCAAGGUCAAUAGCAAAGCACCAGCAAGAGCAUACCACACAGCAACACUGUAUAGACAUGAACUGUGGAUUUUUGGUGGUGUUUAUCCUCGUCCUGAUCCAAACCCAGAUGGCUGCAGCAAUGAGAUUCACAUCUUCAGCCCAGUCAUGCAGAACUGGUACUCUCCUCUGGUGACUGGAGAUAAACCUUUGCCACGUUCAGGUCACUCAGCCACACUUAUCAAUGAUCAGAUGGUGAUGUUUGGAGGCUGGGAUGCUCCAUUCUGCUACAAUGAUCUCUUCAUUCUUGACAUGACCACUGUUGACUGGUGUAAACCUGACAUAAAAGGCACUCCUCCAGAACCUAGAAGCUGGCAUGCCUCCUGCGGUUUGAGUGGAAAGCGGAUCUUGAUCCAUGGUGGUUAUGAUGGCAAUAAUGCUCUUGAAGACACACACAUCUUGGAUUUAGGAAACUCUUCUUGGAGUAGUCUUCUUGUCUCAAAUCAACCCAGUCCUCGAGCAGGCCAUGCAGCUGUAAGCCUUCCAUACAACCAUGAAAAUCAGGAAGAGGAUGAAGUGCUAAUUUUUGGAGGAGGUGAUAAUGAUGGGAGUUAUUUCCAAGAUCUGUUAACCUUUGCCAUUCCGUUCAAUCCUGUGUUACAAACUGUUUAAUUCAGCUAAAGCUAAAACUGAAAUAAUCUUUACAUGUUCUGGUUAAUAAAAGAGCUGACUUGCUUCAUCUGAUUUAUUAUGUCUUUAUUAAUGUACCUGGUUACAUGUAACUAUGAUCAGUAUUUAUUUGUAAGAUUUACUUUUGUCCUGUUAGAGAUUUUAAAGUGGUAUUUUUAUUAUUAAACGUGGUACCUUACCAGAUGCAAAGUACAGAUUUAGCAAAUCUUUUAGUGUUAAUGGCAAUUCUUUGCAAUUUUACCAAAAACGUUUCGUAAGAAACUGCAGAUUUGUUUUCCACCAGUUUGUGUGUUUUAAAUAUUUGUAGAAAAUUGUUUUGUCAAACGACGAGCCUGUACAAAAUGCUAGUUUUACAUUAAUGCAUUUUAAUAAUACAUUAAUAAUGUGCCUUAUACAAUAAAAUUAUCAAAAACCAAA